AUGGCUUUUGCUCCCGCUCUGCAAACGCCGUCUCAAAACACCACCUGCUCCUACCUGCACUCUCUCUCUAGCUCUGCUUUUUCUCUCUCUUCCACCAAAUGCAGCUCAGCUGUUUCUCUCUCCUCUCUUUCUUCUUCUCGUUCUUCCCCCUCAAAAUGCAGCUCUGCAGUUUUGCUCUCCUCGCUUUCUUCUUCUCGCUCUUCCCCCAGGCCCCUGUUUUCUUCUUCUUCGCUCUCUUUGUCUUCUGUUAAGGAAGGCCUUGAUAAUCUGAAGAAAAGCUUUCAGAACCUCACCAGUUUAAACCAUUGGGUAGUUCGCGAUUAUGGUCGGUUGGUGGACUCUGUGAAUUCCCUGGAGCUUCACAUUCUCAAAUUAACAGAUGAGCAGCUCCGUGCAAAAACUGACGAGUUUAGUCGACGCCUAAAUCAAGGGGAAACUCUAUCUGAUAUCCAAGCUGAGGCAUUUGCGGUUGUUCGAGAAGCUGCAAGAAGGAAACUUGGUAUGCGCCAUUUCGAUGUGCAGAUUAUUGGUGGGGCUGUGCUUCAUGAUGGGUCUAUUGCUGAGAUGAAGACUGGAGAGGGAAAGACUCUUGUUUCCACCUUAGCAGCUUACCUGAAUGCACUGACAGGCAAUGGCGUGCAUGUGGUUACUGUAAAUGAUUAUUUAGCUCAACGUGAUGCUGAGUGGAUGGGACAAGUUCAUCAUUUCUUAGGUCUAUCAGUGGGACUUAUUCAGCGAGGCAUGACCUCUGAAGAAAGAAGAACCAGCUAUGCUUGUGACAUAACAUACACAAAUAACUCUGAACUUGGGUUUGAUUACCUUCGGGACAAUCUUUCUGAGAGUAAAGGACAACUUGUAAUGAGAUGGCCAAAGCCCUUUCAUUUUGCUAUUCUUGAUGAAGUCGACUCAGUCCUUAUAGAUGAGGGAAGAAAUCCCUUGCUUAUAAGCGGUGAGGCUAAUAGAGAUGCGGCAAGGUAUCCUGUUGCCGCAAAGGUAGCAGAGCUACUUGUUUGUGGUCAUCACUACAAUGUGGAACUUAAGGAUAACUCUGUGGAGUUGACAGAGGAAGGUGUUGCUCUUGCAGAGAUGGCUCUUGAAACAAGUGAUCUGUGGUCAGAGAAUGAUCCUUGGGCAAGAUUCGUGAUGAAUGCCUUAAAGGCUAAGGAAUUCUAUCGUCGAGAUGUCCAGUACAUAGUGAGAAAUGGGAAAGCUCUUAUAAUAAAUGAGCUCACGGGAAGAGUUGAAGAGAAAAGAAGGUGGUCGGAGGGUAUUCAUCAAGCAGUAGAGGCUAAAGAAGGUCUCAAAAUUCAGGCAGACUCAGUGGUCGUAGCACAAAUUACAUACCAGUCAUUAUUUAAGCUCUAUCCCAAGCUAUCGGGCAUGACGGGGACUGCUAAAACAGAGGAGAAAGAAUUCUUAAAAAUGUUUCAGAUGCCAGUUAUAGAAAUUCCAACAAAUCUCCUCAAUAUUCGCAAAGAUUUGCCUAUACAAGCUUUUGCUACUGCUCGAGGGAAGUGGGAAAAUGUUCGAGAGGAGGUGGAAUUUAUGUUUAGAGAGGGCCGUCCCAUUUUGGUUGGAACAACAAGCGUUGAGAAUUCUGAAUACUUAUCUGAGCUUCUCAAGCAAAGGAAUAUUCCCCAUAAUGUUCUGAAUGCACGACCAAAGUAUGCAUCGAGAGAGGCAGAGGUCAUAGCCCAAGCAGGACGGAAACAUGCCAUUACAAUUUCUACUAACAUGGCUGGUAGAGGGACUGAUAUUAUCUUGGGUGGAAACCCCAAGAUGCUUGCAAAAGAAAUAUUGGAGGACAGCUUGCUCUCUUUUAUGAGCCAAGAAACUCCAAAUGUUGAAACGGAUGGAGUUCCUGUGUCACAAAAGGGUCUGUCAAAAAUAAAAAUUGGACCAUCAUCACUAGCUUUGCUGGCAAAGGCUGCACUAACAGCAAAAUAUUCUAGUAAAAGUGGGCGUAAGGGCUGGACAUAUCAGCAGGCAAAAUCGAUAAUUUCAGAAUCGAUACAAAUUAGUCAGACUAUGAGCAUGGAUGGCUUACAAGAGCUUUUAAAAGAAGAAUCCGAGUCAUAUCAGCUUAAUCCUACAAUAGCUCAUGCGUAUAUCUCUGUGCUUAUGGAUUGUGAGGCUCACUGUUCAAAGGAAGGGGCAGAGGUUAAAAGGUUGGGAGGGCUUCAUGUGAUUGGAACAUCUUUACAUGAGUCCCGCCGAAUUGAUAACCAGCUUCGCGGGAGAGCUGGAAGGCAAGGAGACCCUGGAUCAACAAGAUUUAUGGUGAGUUUGCAGGAUGAGAUGUUUCAAAAGUUCAACUUUGACACAGAAUGGGCUGUGAAACUCAUAUCAAAGAUAACUAAUGAGGAGAAUAUUCCAAUUGAAGGUGACACGAUUGUGAAACAGCUGUUGGCCCUACAAAUAAAUGCAGAGAAGUACUUCUUUGGAAUAAGAAAGAGUCUUGUUGAGUUUGAUGAAGUUUUAGAGGUGCAACGCAAGCAUAUUUAUGAUCUUAGACAAUCAAUAUUAAUGGGUGAUUCCGAGAAGUGUUGCGAACGAAUAUAUCAGUACAUGCAAGCAGUGGUGGAUGAAAUAGUCCUUGGAAGCGUUAAUCCACUUAAGCCUCCAAGGGAUUGGAAUCUUGGGAAGAUUAUAGAAGAGUUUGUUGGGAUUGCAAGGAAGAUAUUGGCCGCUUCAUUUGCAGGAGUUUCUAAAGAAACAUUGCUGUCAUCGCUGGAGCAAAUAGAUCAAAUGAAUAUCACAGAUAUUGACUUAUUUUGCCUUCCGAAGAUGCCAGUACCUCCAAAUUCAUUUAGAGGGAUCAAUAAGAAGGCCUCUUCAUUUAGACGUUGGCUUACCAUCUGCUCUGAUGAAUUAACUAUGAAUGGAAGGUAUGGAGGAAUUGUUAAUAUUCUUCGCAAGUACCUGGGGGACUUUUUAAUUGCUUCUUAUCUUGAUGUUGUCCAAGAUUCUGGUUAUGAUUAUGCUUACAUUCAGGAAGUCGAGAGAGCGAUCUUUGUGAAGACUCUUGAUUGUUUCUGGAGGGAUCACUUGAUAAAUAUGAAUCAACUCAGUUCGGCGGUCAAUGUGAGGAGUUUUGGGCAUCGGAAUCCACUUGAAGAAUACAAGAUUGAUGGGUGCCGCUUCUUUAUCUCAAUGCUCAGCGCAACACGGCGGUUAACUGUGCAAGCGCUUACAAGAUAUUGGUCAUCACCUAUGGAAUCUGAGGAACUGUUUUUUUAGUCGACGAUUCACUUGCGUGUAGUGCCCUCUUCUUUAUAGUGCAAUUGGUCUUUGGGGCCUGGUAUGCAUUUCGUGAGAAGUAUAAGGUUGGAAGCAUCACGCCCUUGGCUUGUAACUUAAUAGUGCUGUUGAUAUUUGUAUAGCUGAUUUUCCUUCUUCCAUUAUGCUGGUUUAUAUUGGCUUUGUUGAUAUUUAUUUAGCUUUUUUCCUGGUUUCCAUGUUGUAUCAGGCAAUUAAGCUUAUCAGCCUAGGAUUUGGAAAAAUAUGCAUGUUAUGUGAAGAAAAAAAUCCAUGUUAUGU